UGGUCCGUCUAGAGAAUCCUUACUAUGAUUGGAUAAAAGACGCGUCAAUCUUCCAAAUAAAGAAAGCGUAACUAGAAGUUGCCGCGCAUUGACGAUGCUGAUUGGACAGACGUUUGUUUUCUUCAAGGCUGGUUCGCCACCCAGAAAUAUGGUCACGUGACACAUCAACUUUCACCCAGGAUAUCUAUUGCCUGACUUCCCCUUAGCAACAGAGUGGCGGUGCUUGGUUACCCAGCAACCAGGCGACGCGUCCACUUCAAGGAGAGUCCUUAGGAAGGAAAACCUGGACUUUCUCCCAGUGAAGAGCCUACCUGGUUGAUUUGAACAGUCUGUGAAGAGGAACGCGAUUUCUCAGGAAGGAUGAGCCGAUCAUAUGACUCGAUGGAUCCAAAAGUGAUGGACGACGACAUGCUCAAGGCAGCUGUUGGGGAACAAGGCCCCCAGGAGGAGGCUGGGCAGCUAGCCAAGCAGGAGGGCAUCCUCUUCAAAGACGUCCUGUCCCUGCAGCUGGACUUCCAAAACAUCCUCCGCAUCGAUAACCUCUGGCAGUUUGAGAACCUGCAGAAGCUGCAGCUGAACAACAACAUCAUCGAGAGAAUCGAGGGCCUGGAAAACCUCGUCAACCUGAUCUGGCUGGAUCUGUCCUUCAACAACAUCGAGACCAUUGAGGGCCUGGAUACCCUGGUCAACCUGGAGGACCUCAGCUUGUCCAACAACCGGAUCUCCAAGAUGGACUCUCUAGAUGCCCUGGUGAAGCUGCAGGUGCUGUCGCUGGGCAACAACCAGAUCAGCAACAUAAUGAAUGUCAUCUACCUGCGCCGGUUCAAAUGCCUACGAACACUCACCCUCUCUGGGAACCCCAUUGCUGAGGCAGAGGAGUACAAGAUGUUCAUCUAUGCCUAUCUUCCUGACCUCGUGUAUUUGGACUUCCGGCACAUUGAUGAGCAGGUGAAAGAGAUGGCGAAGCUGAAACAUCAGUACAGCAUUGAUGAGCUGAAGCACCGGGAGGCCCUGAUGCAGGCCCGGCUGGAGGAUGAGCAGGCCCGGCGGGAAAAGCUGGCUGAGCACAAGUUGGCGUUCAUUGAUCACUUGGACGGCUCCUUCCUGUUCGACAGCAUGUAUUCCGAGGACGUGGAGGGCAACAAGCUCUCCUACCUGCCUGGUGUUGGUGAGCUCCUUGAGGCCUACAAGGACAAAUUUGUCAUCAUCUGCCUGAACAUUUUCGAGUACGGCCUGAAGCAGCAGGAGAAGCGGAAGCUGGAGUUAGACACUUUCACUGAGUGCAUACAGGAGGCCAUCCAGGAGAACCAGGACCAAGGCAAGCUCAAGGUUGCCAAGUUUGAGGAAAAGCAUCUGCUGAACUUAAAUACCAUCCGAGAAGAGAGUGAUCUGCCCAGCAUUGAGAAGAAGCUAAUAGAGUGCAGUGAUGACAUCAAUGAGCUGUUCAACAUGCUCAUGACACUGGAGAUGCAGCUGGUGGAGCAGCUGGAGGAGACUAUAAACAUGUUUGAAAGAAACAUCACUGACUUGGUGGGACUAUUUAUUGAAAAUGUCCAAAGUCUGAUGGCUCAGUGCCGGGACUUGGAGAACCAUCACCAUGAGAAGAUCCUGGAGAUCGCCAUCAACACCCUGGAGAAGAUCCUCAAGGGCGAGAUGGAUGAGGACCUGCCUGACGAUGUGCGGGCGCUUUUUGUUGACAAAGACACAAUUGUUAAUGCUGUUGGGGCAUCACAUGACAUUCACCUCCUGAAGAUUGACAACAGAGAGGACGAGCUGGUGACUGGAAUCAACUCUUGGUGUGCACAACUGUUAGACAAGAUUCACAAAGAUGAGAUCAUGAGGAACCGUAAGCGAGUGAAGGAGAUCAAUCAAUACGUCGACCACAUGCAGAGUGAACUGGACAACCUGGAAUGUGGUGACAUUAUAGACUAGGUGUCAGCCAGAGAUCCCCGUUAGGGGAUGGACCCAGUCCCUGAGAGUUAUGGGAAUUCCUUAGUUCACACCUACCCCAACACCCUUGGUACUGUUUCUCAAUAUAAAGAAAAAUAAACGUCUGGUGUUAGUA